AUGCCUCAAUCGCAGCAGCAGUGGCAGCAGCAGCAACGACAGCACCAGCAACAGCGGCAUCAGCAGCAACAGCAGCAGCCACAGACGAUGCUGCGAAUGCACUUUAUGCUGCUGUUGCUGGUGCUGCUGCUGGUAACAGAUUUAGCAUCAUCAGCAGCAACUGCAGCCGGAGCAACAACUCCGACUGCAGCAGCAGCAGCUGCAGCAGCAGAGCGGCAUCCUGGAAAAGGAGGCCAAAGAGCCUCAAAGCCUACCUCAGAAGUUGUGCUUUUGGGACAGCAGCGACAGCAACUAGAGCAGCAGCAACACGAGCUAGAACUGCAGCAGCAGCAGCAGCAGCAGCAACAGCAGCAACAGCAGCAGCUACAGCCGCGCCAACCGCAGCAUGAGUUAGUUGUACAUGUGGCAUCGCCGCCCCUGUAUGAUUUGCUGCCGCAGCAUCUGCAGCAGCAGCAGCAGCAGCAGCUGAGCUUGGAGCAACAACAGCAUGAACAACGGCAGCCACAAAAAUGGCAGCAACAGCGGAAAAAGCAGCAGCAGCAGCCGCAGCGGAAUCAGCAGCAGAAACGGCAGAAAAGGCAGCAGCAAGAGCAAACGAGUCUGGAGGGUUCCUUACCUUCGCGUGUUAUCCUAAAGGCAAAGGAGCACACAGCAGCAGCAGCAGCAGCAGCAGAAGCAGCAGCGGUAGCAGUAGUAGCAUAUGACAGAGCUGCUGCUGGUGCUGCUGCUGCUGCUUCUCGGAGGUUGUCAGGCUCAACGAACCCUGUGAGGCUUUUUUGCUGGCUGCUGCCUUCUUGA